AUGACCGACCGCCAUCCUCCCCCGUCUCCCCCUCCUCAACACCGCCGACGAUCCUCCUUUAUCGACAUGUUCACUCCCCGAACACAUUCCUCCACCGCUCACGUCUCGACCUCUCCCUCUUCUGCAGCGGUCCCUACCACCCCGGGAGCCACACAACAUCGAAGAGGCACCUCAAUUACUGCCCUCGGCCUGAAUACAAGCGCAGGCAACCAAGCUUCCCCCUUUGCGGCCUUCCAGAACCAACGACGAGCAAGUGUUGCAACAUCCUCCGCGUCAAGCUCUCCGGAAUUCAAGAAUAGCUUUGGGGAUGAGCCGGCAGUCAUUGAAGAGGACGACCCGGGUCGAGCUACAAUACAUGCUCCGUCAUCACCCUCCUUUGCCAGACGAGUCAGUUUUGGGGCACAAGCACUACGAGAGUCCUCCAGACUUCCAGGAAGUCCGGGCACCUCUGUCGGUGGUAGGCGGUCCUCCUCCUUGUUCCCUCUAAAUGAGAAUUCCGUAAAUGCCACUCCGCCACGUCAAGCUACUUCGGGGACGGCCAAGACUGGAGGCGAAGGCUUCAAUUGGUCCGAGGCCAUCCGCGACAGAUCCCGGCGCUCUCCGUCCUUCUCUUCGGGCAAUCCAUUCGUCCUCGGUCCAUCACGUCCUCGUGCAGCGAGCGUCUCCAAUCCCGAACCACCAAAGGGGAUGGACAGACCAGUCGAGCCUGUUCCACAGAAAUUGAAGAAACCAGACCCCCUGGGAGAAAGAAUGUUGCGUGGUGAUUUCAUGAUGGAUUGA